CGGCUAGUUCUGGCCUGGGCUAAGAGGCCUGGGGUCUGAGAUUCGAAGUUUACAUGGCGAUGUUGCGGUCCGGAUACAGGCGCUUUGGCUGUCUGCGCGCGGCACUCAAGUCCCUGGCUCAGACCCACCACCGGAGCAUCACCUUCUGCAUCGAUCCUUCCUUGGGGCUAAAUGAAGAACAGAAAGGAUUUCAGAAAGUGGCCUUUGACUUUGCAGCUCGGGAAAUGGCUCCCAAUAUGGCGGAGUGGGAUCAGAAGGAGCUGUUCCCUGUGGAUGUGAUGCGGAAGGCUGCACAGCUGGGAUUUGGGGGGGUCUAUGUGCGAACAGAUGUGGGUGGAUCUGGACUGUCUCGCCUUGAUACUUCUGUCAUCUUUGAAGCCUUGGCCACAGGCUGCACCAGCACCACUGCCUAUAUAAGCAUCCACAACAUGUGUGCCUGGAUGAUUGAUAGCUUUGGAAAUGAGGAACAGAGGCACAAAUUUUGCCCACCGCUCUGUACCAUGGAGAAGUUUGCUUCCUACUGCCUCACUGAACCAGGCAGUGGGAGUGAUGCUGCAUCUCUUCUGACCUCAGCUAAACAACAAGGAGAUCAUUACAUCCUCAAUGGUUCCAAGGCCUUCAUCAGUGGGGGAGGUGAGUCAGACAUCUAUGUGGUCAUGUGCCGAACUGGUGAGUCUGGCGCCAAAGGUAUCUCCUGCAUAGUUGUUGAGAAAGGAACCCCUGGUCUCAGCUUUGGCAAGAAGGAGAAGAAGGUGGGGUGGAACUCGCAGCCAACCCGAGCAGUGAUCUUUGAAGACUGUGCUGUCCCUGUGGCCAACAGGAUUGGGACCGAGGGGCAGGGUUUUCUCAUCGCCAUGAAAGGACUGAAUGGUGGAAGGAUCAAUGUUGCAUCCUGCUCUCUGGGAGCCGCUCAUGCUUCAGUUAUCCUAACCCAAGAACACCUCAAGGUCCGCAAGCAGUUUGGAGCACCUUUGGCCAGAAGCCAGUACCUCCAAUUCCAGUUGGCAGAUAUGGCCACCAAGCUAGUUGCUUCCCGGCUGAUGAUCCGUACUGCAGCAGUGGCUUUGCAGGAAGAGCGGGAAGAUGCAGUGGCCCUGUGUUCCAUGGCCAAGCUCUUUGCUACAGAGGAGUGCUUUGCUAUCUGCAACCAGGCUUUGCAGAUGCAUGGGGGCUACGGCUAUCUGAAGGACUAUGCUGUUCAACAGUAUAUGCGGGACUCCAGGGUCCACCAGAUCCUAGAAGGUAGCAAUGAAGUGAUGAGGAUGCUGAUCUCUCGAAACCUGCUUCAGGACUAGCUCCCAAGCUGGAGAGCCUCGCCUGGAGUCUGUGUGCAGCUGGAAUCAGUCUUGAUGCUCCUAUGGGCUGCUCAGUUCAAGUGAAUCAUGAAGUAGACCAAAGGGCUGAGCUCUUCUAAACAGACUGAGCUGUCAGCCACGCUGCUGGUUCUGAGACAAGAACAGAGUUCUUAGCAGAGCUAGAAGGGCUGCUCUGAGGAGCCAUGCCCAAAGAAGACCUGCACACUGCCUUCCUCAUUCUGGAAAGACAAGCGGUCAAAGCUGUGGCUUGGAUCCACACUAUGGGCAUUUUGGUGAUUCUUGUCCUUAGGGUCUGGGUACUUGAAUGAAGCUUUUCCUGAUUAAACAGGUAAAGUCUGGGGAGGCCAGGGCAGUGGACAGAUCUGCCCCUUUCUGGUUUCUGUUCUGCACUAGGGGUAUGUCAGGACAGUACUCCUGUACUCAGAUCAUGAUGAAAUAAAUAUUUGGGAACCUACUGCUAAGCAAUGAGUUAGGGUGCACCUUUAACUCCAGGAACCAUGAAAUAAAUGUCAAGGGCUAAGUCUGUUUUGGAAUAUUUGGAUUUUUUAUUUGGGAUUUAUUUCCUCUGGGGCCCCCUUCUCUUUUUAAGUAUAUUUAAUUAGUCCCUUGAUAAGCAAAAUCUAUGUCUUUACUGCCUCCUUCAACUAUAAGACUUAAAACUGUAUUUGAGAUUUUAUAUUAUAUUCGAUUAAAUAUUUAAUUGGAUUUUAGAACAAUUAGAAAUUUCUCCUAAGGCAGUUUGUCUUUUAAAAAGUACAUUCUUUUAAUGAUUUUGCAAACAAAGCAUUAUUUGUCAUGUGUGAAUGUCUAAGUAUUAGGUAUAGUCUCCUGCAGUGGCAUCUUACAGCUCGUCAUGGAGUCAGCCCGGCUCAGUCUUCUCAAGAUGUCCCUCACAGCCCCCAGACAAAAACCAAAAACCCAGACCAACAAAACAUGACGUUUGUGACAUUCUGACUUAGUUUCUUGGUGACACCACUCAACUUGUGGUAUUUUGUUACGGUAUUCUGAGCUGAGUAAUAUAAUCAACCUCACUGAUGUCUUAUAAAGAAGUGUGACCAAAUGCUUUCUCCAAAAGCAAAAUAGGGCUGAGGCUAUGGAUCAGUGGUACAGUGUUUGCCUUGUGUGUUUGUUCCACAGCAUCAAAAAUAAGUUAAUAAAUCACAGUGUAUUGUUUCCCAAUACUAACAAUAAGAAAUUUAAAAUAUCACAGUAGUCUCCAGUUUACAUUUCAGUAUAAAUAUAAAGUUAUACAGAGCCUCUCUACUGAACAUAAUUAACACUGUUACAAAAAUUUUAAAGUUAUAGACAGAAUACCGAUAUUAACAUUAAAGUUUGCCUUUUAGUUAAUUUCAGCUAAAAUCAUUGCAGUUAAAAAUUAAAUUUUGUGUGUGGCAGGGGAGGUGAUUGUUGAAAAUAGAAUAUGACAAACUUAUUCUAAAAGUAUGGAAAUACAAAGGAUAUGUCCAGUGUUGAAUAUUUACUAUUGAAUAUUCAAUUUGAUUUUGAAUAUAUAAGUAAAAGAGUAAAGUUGAAGAUCAUUUUGAAAAAA